CUAGUCCCUUACCUUCAGUUGACCCACACCAUACCAUAGCAUACCAUGCUAUACCCACAUCCCCAUAUCUCACCCCCCCACACACACACUUGCAAAUAAAUAUAUAUUAAACUAAAACUAAGCAACUAGUUAUCACCUCAUCAUUUAUAAAUUGUCCCAACUAAGCAUAUUUCCUUUUCAAUUUUAUGAUAAUAACAAAAUAAUACAUUUACCUGGGACAGGUUCCCUCUAUAUAUACUCCCUCCUCAAAUAGCCCCUAUUCCCACACAAACACAAACACAAACACAAACUCUCUUGCUACUUCACACUUAAACAAACCAACCAACAACAAACCCUUACUCUUCUCUCUUCUAUCUUCUAUCCUUUACCCAUACAACAAAACAAAGCAUUUUUUUGAAAAGAAAAAGAAAAAAGGAAACAACAUGGAUGGAGGUAGUUACAUAGCUGAAAGCACCACAACUGAAUCACUCUCUAUUACCCUAUCUCCGGCGACGGCCACGUCAAAGAAGCUUUCGCCACCGCCGCCGGUGAAUAGUCUCUGCCGCGUCGGCAGCGGCGCAAGCGCGAUCGUUGACCCUGACGGCGGCGGAUGCGGCGGCGCUGAAGCCGAAUCCCGGAAGCUUCCGUCGUCGAAGUACAAAGGCGUGGUGCCGCAACCGAACGGACGCUGGGGCGCGCAGAUUUACGAGAAGCACCAGCGCGUCUGGCUCGGCACCUUCAACGAGGAAGACGAAGCCGCCAGAGCCUACGACAUCGCGGCGCAGCGGUUCCGCGGCAAGGACGCUGUAACAAACUUCAAGCCACUCGGCGGUGGCGCCGCCGCCGAUGACGACGACGACGUCGAGGCCGAUUUCCUCAACUCGCAUUCGAAAUCCGAGAUCGUCGACAUGUUAAGGAAGCACACGUACAAUGACGAGCUGGAGCAGAGCAAGCGCAGCCGCGGAUUCGUCGGCCGGAGACUCAGGUGCGUCGGAAACGCCGCCGGUAACGGUCCGUUGUUUGGCGCGUGUGGCGGGAAGGCGCGUGAGGUUCUGUUCGAGAAGGCCGUUACGCCCAGCGACGUCGGGAAGUUGAAUCGGUUAGUUAUACCGAAACAGCACGCGGAGAAGCACUUUCCGUUACAGAGCGGAGUUAGUUGCGGUAGCGCGUCCGCGUCAGCGUCGGCGUCGGCGGCGAAAGGAGUUUUGUUGAACUUCGAAGACGUUGGAGGGAAAGUGUGGCGGUUUCGGUACUCGUAUUGGAACAGUAGCCAGAGCUACGUGCUCACAAAGGGUUGGAGCCGGUUCGUUAAGGAGAAGAACCUAAAAGCCGGUGACACGGUUUGUUUCCACAAGUCGACCGGACCGGAUAAGCAGCUCUAUAUAGACUGGAAAGUCAGGAAUAAUGUUAAUGAGGUUGGAUUGUUCAACCCGGUUGGACCGGUUGUGGAGCCGGUUCAGAUGGUUCGGCUCUUUGGGGUGAACAUUUUGAAACUACCCGGGUCUGAUGCUAAUCCUAAUGCUAAUGCUAAUAAUAAUGCUACUACUAUUGGUGGGUGUUGCAAUGGCAAGAGGAGAGAGAUGGAACUGUUUACGUUAGAGUGUAGCAAAAAACCUAAGAUCAUUGGAGCUUUGUAACAUUACAUUAGCCUUUUUUUUUUCUUUUUAUAUAUAUAUAUAUGUUUUGUGACCGAUGAAAGAAAGAAUGGGAGGUGGAGAAAGGUACAAGAAUGGUGGUGUAGUUUCAAGUUGCAAAGGUGAAUUGUAUAUUACUUAAUUAGAAGAAAAAGGAAGAGGCUGAAAUUAGGUGUAACAAAACUGUACAAGAAAAAAAGAGGGAAGGAUAACUGUUUAAUUGUAUAUGUUCAUGAAUGUUUAUGGAUAAAUCUUGUG